UCCAAUAGCAGAGCUUAGCAGAGCUUGGCGUUUGCCGACUCCAAAAUGUCCUUGUUUUCCUCCGCGCUCCCUCACCCCCGGUAACCCGUCAACUGGGGUCUGCUCUCGUGCGCCACUUGGCUUCUUCUCAUCCCUGUCUCGUGCGGACGUGUUUCGCAUUUUUUUGUCUCCUCUGCCGCAGCAUCCUCCUCAUCAUCAUCAUCAUCAUCAUCAUCCUCUUCAUCAUCACCUGCUGCCGCCGCCGCUGCCGCCAAAGGACUCGGAGUGAACAGGCGCGCCUGGGAAUCAACGUUUUUUUUAAGGAACUUCGACGAUUUCGACAAACACGACACCGGAGUCAACACUGCAACGUUGUCCAUCUCCCACCUGAGCAGAACUAUUAACAGGUCGCCCUGGUUCAGAGCCAGUGAGGAACCAAGAAAAACUGUUCCCCGGAGCAGGUGUAGAGGACGAGGUCAUGAGUUCCAGCGGCGCCGACGUCAAGGAGAACCGCAACUCCCACAACCGCCGCUUCUCCAAAGACGGUGGCGGUGUUGGGGGUGCAGCAGGGGGGGCGGGGCCUGAUGGCGCCCUGCUGCCCAAUGGGAAGCCCACCGGGGGCGGAGUCAACAGCAAGAAGCGCCCCCUGGAGGAAGGGAACAACGCCAGCUCCAAGUACCGACCGAAGAAACGCAAGAAGGCGCCGGGGCCGGUGCUCCCAAAGAACGCGUUGAUGCAGCUGAAUGAGAUCAAACCCGGGCUGCAGUACAAGCUGCUGUCCCAGACCGGUCCGGUCCACGCGCCCGUCUUCGUCCUCAGCGUGGAGGUCAAUGGCCAGCUGUUCGAGGGCGCCGGACCCACAAAGAAGAAGGCCAAGCUGAGCGCGGCCGAGCGGGCCUUGCGGAGCUUCGUCCAGUUCCCCAACGCGUCGGAGGCUCACCUGGCAAUGGGACGCACCCUGGCGGUGCACACAGACUUUACGUCGGACCACGCAGACUUCCCUGACAUGCUGUUCAAUGGGUUCGAGACCGCCGUUAUCGCCACGCCGACGGACGACCCCUUCCAGUUCCAGCUGCCACCGGCACCUGGAGUCAAUGGUUCCUUGGGCACCGAAUUCCUCUCCCCGGUUGCAAACGGACAGAUUCUCGUGGGUGUUGGCGUCGCCGGUUGCGGAGGAGGCGGAGUCACGGCGGCGGCCACGCCGGCCUUCGCUCCGCCCUCGAGCGCGAAGAACCCGGUGAUGAUCCUCAACGAGCUACGGCCGGGUCUGAAGUACGACUUUGUCUCGGAGAGCGGCGAGAGUCACGCCAAGAACUUUGUGAUGUCGGUGGCGGUCGACGCCCACAGCUUCCAGGGCUCCGCCCGGAACAAGAAGCUAGCCAAGGCGCGCGCGGCGGCGGCAGCCCUAGCGGCGCUGUUCAACGUCCAGCUGGACCAGGCGCCGUCACGGCAACCGAUCCCCAGCGAGGGGCUGCAGCUGCACCUGCCCCAGGUCCUCGCGGACGCCGUGUCGCGUCUCGUCGUGGACAAGUUCAGCGAGCUGACGGACAGCUUCACCUCGCCCCACGCGCGGCGGAAAGUUCUGGCCGGCGUCGUCAUGACGACAGGCGCGGAUGUGAAGGAGGCGCAGGUGAUCUGCGUUGCCACGGGAACCAAGUGCAUCAACGGCGAGUACAUGAGCGACCGCGGCCUCGCGCUGAACGACUGCCACGCUGAGAUCGUAGCACGCCGUUCCCUGGUGCGGUUCCUGUACGGACAGCUGGAGGCCCUGAUCAGCAGCAGUAGCCCGUCCCAGCAGGCGUUGGUGUUCUCCCGCUGCGACGCGGCCCCCGGCUUCAGGCUGAAGGAGCAGGUCCAGUUCCACCUCUACAUCAGCACCUCCCCCUGUGGAGACGCCCGUAUCUUCAGCCCCCACGAGACCAGCGUGGAGGACCAGGGGGACCGACACCCCAACAGGAAGGCCCGGGGCCAGCUGAGGACCAAGAUAGAGUCCGGGGAGGGCACCAUCCCGGUCCGGACCAGCAACACCAUCCAGACCUGGGACGGGGUGCUGCAGGGGGAACGCCUGCUCACUAUGUCCUGCAGCGACAAGAUCGCCAGGUGGAACGUGGUGGGCUUCCAAGGCUCUCUCAUGAGCUACUUCACGGAGCCGCUAUACUUCUCCAGCCUGAUCCUGGGCAGCCUGUACCACGCGGACCACCUCUCCAGGGCCAUGUACCAGAGGAUCACUGACAUAGAGGACCUGCCCAGCCCCUUCGCCCUGAACCGGCCUCUGCUCAGCGGGAUCAGCAACGCGGAGGCCCGUCAGCCGGGCAAAGCCCCCAACUUCAGCAUCAACUGGACGCUGGGCGACCAGGGGCUGGAGGUGAUCAAUGCCACCACAGGGAAGGACGACUUGGGCCGGCCCUCACGCCUCUGUAAACACGCCCUCUACGGACGCUGGGUCAACCUGACCGCCAAGCUCUCCACUGCGCUGCGGAUCCGGACGAGCACGCCAGCCACGUACCAUGACAGCAAGCAGGCGGCCAGCGAGUACCAGGCGGCCAAGCAGGCGCUCACCAAGGCCUUCCACAAGGCCGGGCUCGGCGCCUGGGUCAAGAAGCCCACCGAGCAGGACCAGUUCACCCUCGCCACCUAAGCCAACCGCCCAGACUCUGCACUACGGAGCUCCAGGCUACGAACUUUAAAGAUUUAUUUUUGCAUUUUUUAUGCUUUAUGAUAGAGUGAGAUCAAGAAGAAGGUAUGGAAGAUGCAAAAAAUGACUACGGGCAGGAUUGGAACCUGUGUUGCUGUGUUCGGGACUGAGGCUAUAUGGGACUACUGAGAGACUACCAACUUUAAAGAUUUAUUUUUGCAUUUUUAUUCUUUAUGAUAGAGUGAGAUCGAGAGGGAUUUGUGGGAGAUAGAGGAGAGGAAAUGCAGCAAAGGACCGCAACGAUUGGAACCCGGGUCUCUGCAUUCAGGACUGAGCCGUUAUGGUACGCGCUCUACCUGCUGAGCCACCGGGGUCCCCAAGAAACGACUGACUUUACGUCAUUGUGUCGUCGCACAGCUCGUCAUGUCCAAUCCAACUACCGAUUUCUCUUGGACUACCGAUUCAUCGGGAGAUUACCGAUUUAUCUGGGACUACCGAUUUAUCCGGGACUACUGUUUUCUCUGGGAAUUUACGAUUUCGGAAGUAAUUAAUAAUUGUGCUUUCGGAAAAAAUUACAGAAAGGGGGACGGAUGGUGAAGUCUCUGGUUGUGUGCGUCUGGGGUGUAGUUGAUGUGCAAAGUAUAAACUCUUGGCAGAUUUAAAGGUCCCAUGGCAUGAAAAUCUCACUUUAUGAGGUUUUGUAACACUGGGGGACCAUAGCUACAACUUGCGUUCGGUGUAAAACGAGCACUAGGUGUUCUGCUCGCCAUUGAAGAACUGAGGCUCAAGCGCGCUCAUUUUGAAUGUGGUCCCAUAUGUCGUCAUAAAGGAUCUAAGCUCCUCCCCUUUCUUUGCCUAGCCCGUCCAGAGAAUUUGGCCCGCCAAUGAGAAACGGCCGUGCGAGCGCCACAUGCGUGUGUGUGAUUACACACACUGUAACACAAGUGUUUGCUGUUGGUGUUAUGGCGCAUAACACGUCGGCUCUUUGACUUCUCUUGUAUUUCCACGAGACUGUAGUUGGGGUUAACUCAGCCAUGGUUGAGAAGGAAUUGGGGGAAAGGAAAUUUGGCUUGACUCCCUGAAGUACGAACUGCGACCGGCCGCCGGUUUCCGCAAGGCACCACCGCCGCAAAGCACCACCGUCCGGCAGCGGGCAGCCGGCAGCAGGCAGCGUGCGGUUUAGUCUACUUCAGAUUGAUGUGGAAGUGGAAGAACCAGAGCCGACAAAGUCGUUUGUGAUUCAUAAUAUCGUCUGGAGGCGCACACAGCUUUUGGCCGUGAUAAUAUGUAUUAUAUGAUAUAGAUAUCUCAGCCAUGGUUGAGAAUGAAUUGGAGGAAAGGAACUUUAGCUUUUCCCUGAAGUACAUGAACCAUGACAUGGAGGUGAAAGGGAUUGUUGCGAAUGUCUCCUGCUUGCGCCCUGCUUCCCGCUGCCAAGGGACCACCGCCUCGGUGCUGCAGAAGGCGGUGGUGCCUAAGCGCUGACCGCUGCCGAGGCGGUGGUCCCUCGGCAG